GUAACCGGAGUACUGCCAGAUUCCAAUUCCCAUAACCUCAACGUUUCUCGAACAGCCUUUAAAACUGAGUAAAAGCCGGUUAUGGAAAGUCUCCAACGUAGAAACGCCGAUAAAGCGGUCCGCUCAACGUGUAUUGCUGUUCAUCCAAUUCUUUAAGUAAAAUUAAAUGCAAUCUGCGAAAGAGCGCAGAAGAUGUCAAUGGUUCUUGCUUCGUCCCAAAUGUACCUACCUAUUCGCAUUUCAGGCCAUCCUGUCCAACACAUCCCAAGGAAACUCUCUUUCCUUCACAUAACUCCUCCAGCUUCACUGGCCGUGAAAUGCGAGCAAAAUCGACAGUCCACCGCGCUAACAAAAACCCAAGACGACGGUAUUCCCAUUGAGGACGUCACCAUUUUGGCGAGGUUCAAGUCCAGGUAUAACUACAUCCGGGUGCUAGAAGUUUCGCGAAAAGCCGAUCACCCUUUCGCCGGUUCGAGGCUCCUCCUUCUCGAUGGCCCUGGAAACAUCCACAGCAUAUCCUUCCUUUUCAGACUACUCACCAACACUUACUUCGACGUCUUCGCUACAUUGCCUCCCAUUUUGCCCCCCGGACCCAUCGGAAUUCUCGGCUUCGGUGCAGGCUCCGCGGCCCGUCUCAUGCUUGAAUUGUACCCAGAAGUGGUCAUCCAUGGGUGGGAGCUCGACCCAUCUGUAAUUGACGUUGGCAGAAAGUAUUUCUCCCUCGCGAAGCUUGAAAGAGAACACCCACAGAGGCUUUUCAUAUAUAUCGGCAACGCCUUGACUGCUAGCUGGAAAGACGGGUUCGCGGGGAUUUUGGUUGAUUUGUUCUCCAAAGGUAGCUUGCUACCAGAGCUUCAGGAUCCGGCCUCGUGGGAGAAAAUGAGCAAGAGCUUGAGGAAAGGCGGGAGAAUCAUGGUGAAUGUUGGAGGAAGUUGUGUAGAGGCGGAGAAUAAGCUGAGAGAUGGAAAGAUUGUAAUGGAAGAAAGCUUGAAGGCGAUGGAACAAGUGUUUGGUAAGAAGCUUCAUGUCCUGAAUCUUGGGAAUCGGAAGGACGAUAGCUCCCUUGCUCUUACCGGGGAUUUUCCUGAACCUGAAGCGUGGAGAAGGCGCUUCCUCGUUCUUUGGGAGACUACGUUGAUUUAUGGACGCCGUAUUCAGCAUGAAUCUAGAUCAAAGCAUGCGACGAGAAUGCAGAUUUUGGUCUUUCAUUGAAGCUGUGAAGAUUUACUCCUUGUUCUCACUUCUCACUCUAACAUGCUUCUGAGUUGUCAUUGUUGCCAUAUGACUCGCGCUCUCGUGGCAAGUUCUUACGAGGGCCCUAAUGAAGAUUAUGCAUUGUUUUGACCCAGAAUUGUACUGCUCCAAAAUUGAGAAGCAUGAUAGAGAAACUACAUUGGUUUGGUU